GUCGGAGAUCAUUUUCUCCUCCUCCACCGCCGCCGCUGCCGCCGCCGACGACGACUUUUUCAGUUACUCAACGCCGGAGAUCUUGGUUUAGUGUGUAAUGGAAGGAUGUGGACUAAGAGCUGUGGGAUCACACUGUUCUUUAUCUGAGAUGGAUGAUCUUGAUUUGACUCGAGCUUUGGAUAAACCAAGAUUGAAGAUUGAAAGGAAGAGAUCGUUUGAUGAGAGGUCGAUGAGUGAAUUAUCGACUGGUUAUAGUAGACAUGACGGUAUUCACGAUUCGCCACGAGGUAGAUCGGUGCUUGAUACACCUCUUUCUUCUGCUAGAAACUCCUUUGAGCCUCAUCCUAUGAUGGCUGAGGCUUGGGAGGCUUUGAGGAGGUCAAUGGUUUUCUUUCGUGGUCAACCCGUUGGUACUCUUGCCGCGGUUGAUAAUACUACUGAUGAGGUUUUGAACUAUGAUCAGGUGUUUGUGAGGGAUUUUGUGCCGAGUGCGUUGGCGUUUCUGAUGAAUGGAGAACCGGAUAUUGUGAAACACUUUUUGCUUAAGACACUUCAGCUUCAAGGUUGGGAGAAACGUGUGGACCGGUUCAAGUUAGGAGAAGGUGUGAUGCCUGCAAGUUUCAAGGUGCUUCAUGAUCCUAUUCGUGAAACGGAUAACAUUGUUGCGGAUUUUGGUGAAAGCGCCAUUGGACGUGUGGCUCCUGUAGAUUCAGGGUUUUGGUGGAUUAUCCUUCUUCGUGCUUACACCAAAUCUACUGGAGAUUUGACUCUUUCGGAGACACCAGAGUGUCAAAAGGGAAUGAAACUGAUCCUGUCUUUGUGCUUAGCUGAAGGGUUUGACACGUUUCCUACGCUGCUUUGUGCUGAUGGAUGUUCCAUGAUUGAUCGAAGAAUGGGUGUUUAUGGGUAUCCAAUUGAGAUCCAAGCGUUGUUCUUUAUGGCUCUGAGAUCUGCCUUGUCGAUGUUAAAGCCCGAUGGAGAUGGCAGAGAGUGCAUUGAGAGGAUCGUUAAGCGACUUCACGCCUUGAGCUUCCAUAUGCGCAAUUACUUCUGGCUUGAUCACCAGAACCUCAAUGACAUUUACAGGUUCAAGACUGAGGAAUACUCGCACACGGCAGUGAACAAGUUCAAUGUGAUGCCUGAUUCUAUACCGGAGUGGGUUUUCGACUUCAUGCCUCUCCGUGGUGGCUACUUUGUGGGAAACGUAGGACCUGCCCAUAUGGAUUUCCGGUGGUUCGCACUCGGCAAUUGUGUCUCCAUACUCUCCUCAUUGGCCACUCCAGAUCAAUCCAUGGCCAUUAUGGACCUCCUUGAGCACCGGUGGGCGGAGCUUGUAGGUGAGAUGCCUCUCAAGAUUUGUUAUCCAUGCCUCGAGGGCCACGAGUGGCGCAUAGUCACUGGCUGUGACCCCAAGAACACACGGUGGAGCUACCACAACGGUGGAUCUUGGCCAGUUUUGCUGUGGCAGCUAACAGCAGCGUGCAUUAAGACAGGGAGACCGCAGAUUGCAAGACGUGCGGUUGACCUCAUAGAAUCGCGUCUUCACAGAGACUGUUGGCCAGAGUAUUACGACGGUAAGCUCGGAAGGUACGUUGGAAAACAGGCAAGGAAAUACCAGACUUGGUCAAUCGCAGGUUACUUAGUGGCAAAAAUGUUGCUAGAAGAUCCUUCACACAUUGGUAUGAUCUCUCUGGAAGAAGACAAACUCAUGAAACCAGUCAUCAAGCGAUCUGCAUCAUGGCCACAACUCUGAAAACCGCUUUCGGUUUUUGUUCCGGUUCUAUAUUUGCCACGAUAUGAUUUUUUGUUGUUGUUUGUAUGAUAAUGUUAUUGAAAACUUGUGCGGGGACAUAGACUUUUAUUGAUUGCUUUCUUUCUUGCUUUGCAAGUAAGAAAAAUGAAAUGGGAAA